AUGGUUCAUAUCCUGGACCUCCCGACGGAAGUCCUGAAUCAUAUCCUUUCAUUUAUUGGAGAUAUUGAAGAUGGGUGCUUAGAAAAGCCAGCAGAUGGAGAGGCAAGGUUCGAAGGACGUACCGCGGCGGAAUUGGAGAGGAACGACAAGCAUCGCGAGGACGACGAUGCCGAUGACGAUGAGUAUAAAGACCUCCGUAAUAUCUGUCUCGUUUCGAGGAUGUUCCGGCAGCUAGCCCAGCCUCUUCUCUUCUGUGAUUUCGACGAAGAUGGCUUAUCCGGUGACCUGGGAAGGAUAUCAUCUUUUACUGCAGCUAUCUAUCGCAAUCCAAAGCUUGGAGAGCACGUACAAUCUGUCUCCAUAUUGUCUAUAGCACCUCCCUCUAAACCCAGGCAAAUUGAUGGAGAGUAUUUUGUGCUUUUCAAACGUGCAAUCAAGGACCUUCAUUUGGCGGGCCAGGAAAAAGCCUGGAUAUCGGCUAUGAAGAAAGCCGACCUCAGCGUCCUUAUAGCGCUCCUGCUUAACAAAACCCCCAAUAUUCGUCAACUGGACCUUCCGGGGGAGCAAUUCUCCACAACGCCAUUCGCUAGUCUCUUCGAUCGAAACCCGUCAUUUCUGUCCAGGCUUGAGUAUCUCUCGAUCGACUGUGACGGCGAAAUGAUGGACUACAGUAUUGCUUCCUACGAGAAAUUCCUUACCCUCCCCAAUCUCUUACUUCCGACCUUUGAGUACGGUGAUCUCGACGACGCAUCAUUUCCAUCGGCUUGGACACCUGGAACAUUGACAAUAGAGAAAGUGGACUUUGAAAUGUGCCAUAUUGACGCUGGGGCCAUUCAGAAAUUCAUGCAGGCGUGCAAGAAACUGAAGUACUUUUCCUAUGACAGCUUUAGCAUAGAAGACCCAUUCACCCGGCGGACACCGAAAAAUAGAGCCGCGAUCGAAUUUACAGCCGCGGAGGCUCAAAAGGCGGCCCUCCUACACAAGGAUACCCUCGAGUGGUUUUACCUCGGAUUUGCACGUAAUCCUCAGCCGCCCUGGAGCCAGGUCAAGCUCGGUUCGUUCCGCGACUUCUCCGUGUUGGAGACCAUCGCUGUCUCGCAGGCAAUUCUUCCAGCACACCCUCAAUUUCCACCUGCGCUCAAAACACUCCACAUCACCGACUGCCUUGUAUCUAUUCGCGACGUGGCCCAGGCUAUUGCGAACGAUUGUAAACACGGGCUUUAUUCCAAUUUUACCGAGUUCAAGGUGAUCACGGUGGAUGUUACUCUGCCCAUCAAACUCCCCGGGCAAAUUAGCCCCCCAGGACAGACUCCGGAGCAAUGCUUCCUCAGUCUGAGGGACAUGUUCAAGGGAACGGCUGUAGACUUCCAGAUUGCAUCGUAUAGAAUGCCCGAGUUUGAUGAUGAUGAUGAUGAUGAUGGAUACGUCAACGAUGGUCCAUACUUCGCUCUUCAAAUGAUUGGGCUGCCCCUCGGAUUGCGUGAUCACGCGCAAUCGCCAGUGGCCUGGCGUCAUAGUCAACACGAGGGUAUAAAAUCCGGGGGUUAUCGCUGCUACCCCUCACUCUACAGGCGCUCCAAAUCCCAGAGCAGGGAGAUAAAAAACAUGGCGGAAUUCAUCAGUCUCACCUUUCCCAACGCUUCCACCGAGCUCAACCCGAUCCCGAAUGCUGGGAUCGAUCCGGCUUAUCUGGUUCGCUACGCUCGCACUCUGGAUGACUAUGGCUUCAACUACACCCUGGUGCCUUACGAUUCAUCUUACUUCGACCCCUUCACGGUGGGCGCGACCAUCGCCGCCGUGACCAAGAACAUCAAGGUCAUCAUAGCCCUGCGGCCCAACACGCUUUAUCCAACUGUGGCUGCCAAGGCACUGGCAACCCUCGAUCAGCUCAGUUCCGGCCGCGUAGUCGUACACUUCAUCGCCGGUGGCAGCGAUGCCGAACAGGCAAAGGAGGGCGAUUUCUUGAGCAAGGAUGAGCGCUAUGCACGCCUGGAGGAAUACAUCCGUAUUCUGCGUCGUGCGUGGGAGUCUGCGGAACCCUUCGACUGGGAGGGCAAGUAUUUCCAAUUCAAACAGUUCAGUAAUAAAGUGCGUCCAACCAAUGGCACCAGCAUCCCGGUCUCAGUCGGUGGUUCGUCGGACGAGGCGUAUCGAAUCGGCGGCUCGCUGGCCGAUAUCUUCGGGCUUUGGGGGGAACCUCUUAAGGAAACCAAGCAGCAGAUUGAUCGUAUUUACGCCGAAGCCGAGAAGGCAGGUCGCACUGACCGGCCGCGCAUUUGGGUGACGUUCCGGCCCAUUGUUGCAGAAACUGAAGAGCUUGCGUGGGCAAAGGCGCAUCGAACACUGGAUGUGCUCAACGCCAAUCGAGCCAACGGGCAAGGAAGAGUGCCUGCGAAUGCGCCGCCUCCGCAGAAUGUCGGCUCCCAGCGUCUGCUUGAAAUUGCUGCUCGCGGCGAGGUUCAGGACCGCGCUCUCUGGUAUCCCACUGUGACUGCGACUAACGCGCGGGGCGCGUCGACGGCGUUGGUUGGGUCACCGCAGACUAUUGCUGACUCGAUUUUGGAUUAUAUUGAUCUUGGGGCUGAUCUCAUCUCUAUUCGGGGAUAUGACAACCUCAACGAUGCCAUUGACUAUGGGCGCUAUGUGCUGCCCAGGGUUCGGGAGCGGUUGGGAUAA